AUGGAUUUUCGUUCGGGAAUGAUUCUGCUCUGCACCUUAACGAUUGUGUUCAGCACAGUCGCUCAAAAUAUUGGUAUUAAACGACAUAUGGGAAUUGUCGGAAGGUCUGAAAUUCUUGAUAGACAGCAACCGGCGGAAAGGUUGAAAGAAGAACAUUUCGAAAACGACAGACAUGCCGCAUUAACAGAUGAAGAGGAUCUGAAACGUUUACAAGUACAAAUUGUCAGACAAGUUAAAUCAAUAAAAAUGUUUGCCCAGGGAUUGGUGAAUUUGAUGGAUUCCAGAAUUGAUGCUUGGAACAGAACUAUAAUAAAAUUACGCACAGCAACUAGGCUUGUGAUCAACACAACUCAAGCGACCGCAACAAAUGAGACGUAUAUUGCAGCCAUGUUUAAAAUGAACUGGGAGGAUGUAUUGAUGAGGAAAGAAUCAGAAGACGUGGGUGAUGUUCCAGAAGAGUUAUACCAGCAUCAACUAGCUGUAGAAGUAGACGUAAUCCGACAACUGGCGAUCAGAGCCUUAGAUGGUACGACGAGACGGAUAGCUAAUCGAAGGAACGCAAUGAACGCCGUUGACGAAAGGAAUUAA